GCACCCAGACAAAUCGGACCACCCGGAGGCGGAAACGAAGUUUGUAGAAAUUAAGCAAGCGUACGAGUUGCUAUCGGAUUCGGAGCGUCGGAAGGCCUACGAUCUGUACGGCAUCACAAACGAGGAUGCCCAUCUGUACAAGGAACGUCCGGACUACAGCAGCUAUGGGCGAUUCCCGGAUCCGUUCGAGCAGUUCUUCGGGCACAAUUUCAAUUUCCACGAUCAGGACAUCAGUCUGUUCCAUCGGUUAUCGAUCACGUCGAAGUACUAUGAGACGAAUAUCGUCCCGAAGAGUCACCACACGCCGCAGAUCCUGAUGUUUUACUCGGAUUGGUGUUUCUCCUGUAUGAAGGCGGCCAAUUCCUUCAAAAAGAUGAUCGAUACGCUGGAGCCGUUCGGGGUAACUUUUGCGACGAUCAACGCCGGCCACGAGAAUCAGCUGGUCAGGAAGGUGGGCGUUCAUUCGUUGCCUUGCGUUAUAAUGGUUCUGGACGGACACAACUACGUGUACAAAGAAAGUGUGUACAACACGCAGCGGGUCGUGGAUUUCAUCCGGCAAAAGCUCCCGUACAAACUGCUACCCCCGGUUGACGACGGAUCGAUCGAUGGUUUCCUUCAGGGUUGGUCCGACAACCGGGUUCGAGCUUUGAUCAUGGAACCCCGAUCGCAGCCACGGCUUCGUUAUCUGAUCACGGCGUUCCACUUCCGGGAACGGGUGGCAUUCGGGUUCGUGCAGCUGAACUCACCCAAAUCGCAACACAUUCAGGAGCGGUACAAGGUGCAUCCUUCGCUGGACACGCUGCUGAUCUUUAACGAAGAUUCCACCCGUCCGGUGGCGUCCAUCUCGAUGUCGGAUAUUCCGACGUCCACGCUGAACAACAUCAUCUCCGUCAACAAAUACCUAGCUCUUCCACGCCUCUCCUCGCAAGCCAUGCUAGAAGGUGUCUGCCCAGCCGAAUGGAACCGCCCGCGGAAGCGGCUAUGCGUGGUUCUGGUCACGGAGAACACCGCAACGCACGACGAAGCCCGGCAAGCGAUGCGUCGUAUCGCCAUGGAAUCCAACUACAGUCCGGAGCGGGUCCGCUUCGCGUACAUCUACCAGGAAAAGCAAACGGAGUUCAUCAGUGCUCUGGCCGAGCACAGCAAGCUAGAGGAGACGAUGCUAAAAGUGGUCAUCAUCUGGCGCAAGGACGCCAAACAUAUCAAGUACGAGUGGGUCCACGAGGCUACCAUGGAAUCGCUGAACAGGAGCAUCGAGAACGAAACGCACGAGCUGCAGUACAACAACACCAAGCAGAAGCUGGACGGUGCGAUCCAGCGGCUGUUGCGGUCGUCCGAGGCGUUGACGUACGAGGCGGAAGUGACGGACCUCCUAGACGAGCACGCCCAAGGACUGGUGAUCCGCAUCCUGAACAAGGUCCUGCUGGCGUUCGAAUACAUGACCGAGAACCUCGGUCAGGAACAUAUCCUGCCGGCUUUGUCCGUGGUGGGAACAAUUGCCUUCAUCCUCGGUGCCGGUUACCUGAUGUCCUACCUGGUCCGGAUCGAGGAGGAAAACAUCCAGAAGAAGCAGUCCAAAUCGCCGGAGAAUAAAAACGGAAAAGUCCAAAACUACGUUCCGGAGUUGCGUCUGCAUGAGCUGCGCGCGGAAAAGUACAACGGACUGGUCCGGCUGCUGAAACCCGGCUGCCGGACGAUCGUCCUGCUGACGGACAUGCAGUCUCGCAACAAGCUGAUUCCGGCCUUCCACAAAGCGGUGUGGCCCUAUCGGAAGAACAAAACCCUCAUGUUCGCCCACAUGCUCAUCGAGAAGGGAAUCGGUUGGUAUGCGGAACUCCUGAGGCUAUCGCUGUCCGAGUCCCGGGAGAUGAAGAUCAACCCGAGGAACUGCAUCGGGACGGUCAUAGCGCUCAACGGGCACCGGAAGUACUUCUGCAUGUACCACGCCAAACAUCCGGAGUCGAACCGGGGUGCCAAGCGCAUGAUGAAGAUGACCCGGCAGCUGAGCACGAUGCCCUCGGACCCGGAAGCCGGUGCCUUCCUGGGGAUGGACAGCUCCGACUCGGAGACCAGCACGUCCGACAUCUCCGAGCCGAAGAUCUUGCUGGAGGAGAACCUCCUCGAUGGGCUGCCCAACUGGCUGGAUCGUCUGUUCGAGGGUACCACCCAUCGGUACUACAUUAACUAUUGGCCUGAUUUCACCUCGAAAUAGAGCGAUUGCGCGUCUAGUCCAGACGACGGUGGUGUAGGCAAUUUAGUAGGUGAUAGUCCUGUUUUCUAAUUCCCCCUCUCUCUCUCACACACCCACUUUUUCUAUGAUAGCUAAUAGGUAUAGUAGCAACUUUUGUGAACGCCAAAGAUGAGGCCAUUCGUUACUGAAGGAGAAACUGACAAUUAUUGUUUGGGAGAUUUCUCUCGAGAUAGACACUCGCUCUAGAGCUCUCAACUUGUUCAUUUUUUAAAUCUUUACUGAGUCUGUUUUUUUUCCUAUUGGUAUUUUUUUCUCUCUGUGAAAAAAAGUUAAUCUAUUUUGCGAGGUAGGUUUAAUUUAGGUGGUAGUAGAUGGGCGCACUAGUUUUUAGUUUAGCAAUUGCGAACAGUUAGCAUAGCAGUAGAUAAUCGACGUUACCUAAAUGGUUGUUUAGCCCAUAUGUUCCGGCGGAUUUACCCCGUUUGGUGUUAUGUUCUGCGAAGAAAAUCCAGACUACAUAACAUUGACCUGCUGUGAUUAGGAAUGACAAAUUUAAACAAGGACGUACAACAGUCGUCAUAUUGUUAUUUGUUGGUUUACGAAUACUCAUGUUUAGGCGUAUUUAUAUGCGAUGUAAACAAUAACUGAUUGUUUGGGUUCAAAAGGUUCUCGACUAGAGGCAAGACAGAUACAGCGAGAGUAACUCUGUUAUCAAAAUGUUGCUCAGAAUUUCUCUGGAUAGCUCUGGAUCACACUGGUUUUCCCGAAGUGUUACCUGAUACCAGUGAAAAAUCGAGCAGUCUUGCCCGAUUUUCCGCUUCAUAGAGACGUUUCUGAAUAGAUUCGAACAAAAAGAGUUACUCAGGAUUGCUCAGAGUUGCUUCGGAUUUCACAGUGUCUUGCCCCUAGCUUCAUCCCAAUCCAACCUACACUGAACUGAAUUGUUUAACUCAACAGCAACAAGGAGAAGAACUACUUGCGGAUAACAAGAACUACCAGAAACGAAUAGGACGUAACCUAGGGGCAAGACAGAUACAGCGAGGGUAACUCUGUUAUCGAAGUGUUGCUCAGGAUUCCUCUGGAUAGCUCUGGUUUUCCCGAAGUCUAGGGGCAAGACACUGUGCAAACAAGAGUAACUCUGAGAAAUUCUGAGUAACUUUUUUCACCAAUGAUCGACGAAAUUUGUUGAAAAACACUCCUAAAACUGCAAGAAAGGCGAGAUAUCGGGCAAUAUUGUUCUGAUUUUGCGAUGAAUCAGGCAACACCCAAGCAAAAACGGGAGCAAUCCGGAGAAAUUUUGAGCAACUCUGUGAAGGAAAAUGUACUCUCCAGCACAGUGUCUUGUCCCAAGCCCGAAGUGUUGUCUGAUACCAGUGAGAAAUCGGGCAGUCUAUCCAGAGGAAUUCCAGAGUUACUCUCGCUAUAUCUGUCGUGCCCCUAGGUAGUUAUGGAUUUAUGUCAUGACCCUUGGUGAACAAUCAAUAUACAUCAAAAUGAGCAUACGCAAACUUGUGUAACUAUGAAAUAUAACGCCAAACGGGGUCAAGUCGUAUCUGCGCCCAGCUAGCACGCACUCACUAUAGUAAGAACAAGAACGAAACAAAAUCUAGUCAAAUCUAACAUUAACGCAUUAACUAGGAAUUCAAAAUGGCAUGUUUUACAUAGUGUUAAAUGUAUCCUAAUUGCAGAAAAUAAACAAAAAAGCUAAUUUGAUUGUUCUUCUACUCAAAAUCAAGGAGAUAAAUUGACACAUAGUUAGACCGAUAAGCAGUACCAACCCUGUUAGAAUGAAUCCUAAAUCAGAAAUUUUUAGAUUUUCCGCCCUCCACAAGAAAAAAAAAAACAAUUGCUUUCUCUUUUCAUACAUCCCUUCUCAAAUGGUUUCACAUUUACGAAUAGAAGCUCAUUUUUCGGCUGCCGAAAACCAUCCUCGCAACGCCAAUGCAAUGGAAAACUGCAUUGGAGGCAUUUCUACAUUGCGAUAGUUUGAUACGAAUACUAUCUCUAAACAAAACUCUUCCAUCAUCCCGCAGUUUGUAAAAUCACCAGUGAAAACUAGAAAAUGAAAACCAACCAAGUGAUAGUAUUAUUAAACUUAUGAACCUUCUGUUGCCAUAUAAACAACAAUGAAAAGCCCGUAUCAGAAACAAUCAAAGAUCUUUGGAAACUCAGAAGUUUUAGCUUUCGAUUCGACGCGCGAUGGCGUCGAAGGGCUGUUGAGAUUUCGGAAUCGCAUGAGUUCGGGAAAAUACGGCACGAAAAGUUAUCUAUAAAAUGCAUGAGCAACUAUCUGCAUAGUCAACUGUGCGAAUGGUUGGGAUUAUAGCAAUGGCGGAUGGUGAUACGGAACAAAUUGAAACAAAACGAAAAAAAAACAACAUAAAUAAAGGACAAUUGGAAGAACUUUCUCACAAAUGA